CCACCUCACCCUCAUCGUCGCCAGGGCGCGCUAUCGCGCUUCGCAUGUGUUGAACUCUACGCUGUCGCCACGAUGCUAUUCAGACAGCGCUCCAUAGGCAGCUUCGUGCUUCUGCUCCUCUUUGUACUCGUUCCAAUCUACUUCCUCUUUGGAUUGCAGACGACGCCGAGCUCUGUCGAUUGGUUUGCUCACAACCUGGCCUUGUCCCGAAGGCCGGCAGAGCCUCCUGUCCCCAUCACUACCCACAUCGUGCUCUUCCAGUUCAAGGAGAGCGCUAGUGCAUUCCACGUUAAGGAUAUUACGUCUAAAAUGCUUUCGCUGAAGAAAUCAUGCAUACAUCACACCACGCAUCGGUCGUAUAUCAAGUCUAUCACGGGCGGUAAAGAUAACUCCAAAGAGAAACUACAGAGCAACCUGAGUCAUGCUUUCAUCCUUACGUUCGCAUCCAAUGAAGACCGAGAUUUCUACGUCAACGAUGACCCGGUGCACAAAGCAUUCAAAGACGCAGCGGGCCCCUAUCUAGAGAAGGCUGUGGUUGUUGAUUUCCAGGAAAGCGUGUUUACUUGAAUUGAACAAGGCUUGGUUACCUGUGAUACCUAUAGCUUUGCUGUUGCUACCGUAUUUUGUCAGUUCGCGUCGGGUUAUAGGAACUAUGCUUCUUUGUCACACAUCAUAAUAUAUUUCGCACUCUCAUUGUCAACUUGUGCUUAUAGCAUCGAAGCCCACAUCAAAUCAUCAUCAGACCACGAUUGUGGAUGUUCAUCCUGAACUCUACCAAUCAAUCACGCCUCCGUAGUAAUACAGCGGCAGCUAAACCGGUGGGCAUCCUACCCCACUUGCUUUCACUUAGCGAGCCCACAGUGACAGCCCAUGCUCACAUCAGACUUCAAGUCAGUGUCAUUCGCACACGUUGUUCUCGGUCUCCUGCUACUGCACUGUUGAGCUGUAGUAUAUAUACAUCAAAUGUGAAGAAUUCACCAUCUGUCAAUGACAGCCACCAAGCUUCACAGCUUGAUACGGUU